AUGGGGUCUUCUCUGUUAAGUCGGCCUACAGAGUUCUUAGUGGGGAAGCGAACAGUGGAUCAGCCCCUUGGAGCUUGCAUCAGAAGAUGGAUCAAUGUUGCACCGGAGUGUGUGUGUUGUGAGCAGGCUAUUGAAGACUCUCUCCAUGUACUUCGAGACUGCCCUGAUAUUAAAUCAUUAUGGGUCUCCCUCAUUAAGCCUGGAUGGGUGAAUAGAUUCUUUGGGUGCAAUAUCCAAGAAUGGUGCUCAAUGAAUCUACGGGAGAACUGUGGUCGUGACGGAGGGCAGUGGCGAGAUCUUUUUGCGGUGACUUGUUGGCUCAUAUGGAAGCGCAGGAAUGAGAAAAUGUUUGAAGACCAGACCAGUAGUGUGCGGGAGAUACACGAUAAGGCGAAAGUGAUUUUGAUAAGUUUUAACUCUACAAAAAACAGACUGCAGCAUGUCAACAUCCGUGGAGCUCAGACACAUUCGGAGAGGAAUUCUUGUUCGAGGAUAGAGAAUGGAGUUAUUGUUCGGGUAGAUGGUGCCUUCUCGCAUAACAGUGGGAGCAUAGGUUGUGGAGGAACAAUCAUAACACCAGAGGGAACUCUGCUUGAAUCUUUCAUGUUAAGACUACCUGAUGGAGAUGCGUUGUUUGCUAAACUCUGGGAAUGUCUUAUUGGGCUUAAACGCGCUUGGGAUGGAGGACAGAAGAGUCUGCAUGUUUAA